CUCUGACUAUCCUCACAUUAUCUGCCUCAUCCCGAGAGACUUGGGAAGAGCAGUUACUUGUCUGCAAGCAAGAUCAACUAACCUCUGAAUAUGGACAAUAAGUUGGACCUGUCCAGACUAACAGAAGAGGAGGCCAAACAUGUGUGGGAGGUCAUUCAAAGAGAUUUUGACCUCAGGAAGAAGGAAGAGGAGAGGCUCAGUGAGAUUAAAUCUAAGAUCGAGAGGGAAGAAACAAAGAGGGAACUCCUGGGGUCUCAGACAAACCUGACUGACUCUCACUGUAUCCGCUGCCUGCAGCCCUUUAAGUUCCUGGUGAACAGCAAACGGCAGUGUAUGGACUGUAAACUCUACACCUGCAAGACCUGCAGCCGCUACAACAAGAAGGAGCACGGCUGGGUAUGCGACCCCUGCCGCAUGUCCAGGGUCCUGAAAAUUGGAACCUUGGGGUGGUACCAUGACAAUAUACACUCUCGCUUCAAGCGUUUUGGCAGCGCAAAAGUGAUGAGGUCACUGUACAAGAGAUUAAAUGAAGAGGGGCACCGUGAUGAUGACACACAGAGCAUGACUGAUGUGCGCAAUGUAUAUAAUGGUCAUGAUGAACAUUUGGAUGCAUCUGAAGCUCAACAUUAUAAGCAGAAACGAAAGACCAAGCGUCUUCUCUCUGUCCACCCCAUGGAUCUUGACAUGGAGGACUAUACCACUCAUUCUCGCAGACAGUCUAUCCAGAACAUGCACGAAGACAGAGGUCAGCGGAAUGAUGUAGAAUACAACUCUGAGAUGUACCAUCACCAUCAUCAUCGCAUGAACCGGAGGAAAAGUCUCGAUAGGUUCUCACGCCCAGAUGAUGGCAUGUACUCUGAAAACAGAAUGGUACGCGCUCGCUCGCUCUCUAAAAUCAACUCCUCUUUGGCUCCACGCCAGAUUUAUCUGGAUACUUCAGAGGAGGAAGAUAUGUUACGAUACCCUGUCUACCAGCUGCCCCCAAGACGCCGCAGUCGAGCAUCAUCUCAAGAAAACGUUCAUCAGAGUGCACCACCGAUCAAUAACCUGAAUAAGAGAAUGUCUGCCAUUGAGAGUCUCUUAAAUCGACUGGAAGAGAAAAUGACUUUGCCUCAUGAUCAGCCUGUCCAGCCCACAGCAGGGCAGAUGGAGGAGGAGAAGCUGAGGAGAAAACUAGAUGAGCUGAUGAGUGACAAGGCACUGUCCUCUGACGAGGAUGAGCCGAGAAUACCUCCUCAUUCCAAAGGGCCCGCUGUGAGGGGGGACCACGCACCAAUGGCCCCUAUAUCCCAAGAACCUUUGAGCUCCUCCAGUGAUGAAAUGCCCACUGAAGCACAAAAGAGAUCCACCGCGGCGGCCCUAUGCGACAUCACAACUGAGAUUCUAAGAACAAUUAAUGCCACUGAAAGCGCUAUGAACGAGUUGGCCCCCUCAAAUCCUAAUGACAGACCUCAGUUAGCGGUCACAGAUCUUAAGCAGGCUGAUGAUGCUUUCAGGGAACUUGAGGAAAAUGUGUACAUGAGUGCAGGGACAUCCUUCGAAAUGGCAAAAAAGUUGCACAUGAUUGAGCAGAAUGCUAAGAAUCAAUACAGCGGCCCGUUAACUGAUUCAGAGCUCUCUGAACUGGAGGACCAGGUUGCUUUGGCAGCUGCUAAGGUUCAGAGCACAGAGAGUGAGGUCUCAGACAUUGAGAGCAAGAUUUCUGCUCUAAGUGCUAAAGGAUUAUCAUUUGAUCAAGCCAAGAAAAAGGCACUGAGUAUACAACAAAAAAGGAAGUUUUCCCAAGACAGAGUACACUUUUAAGUGUAUCCAGGACAUUACGUUUACUUCUUCAGCAUUGUCUUACAUAUUCCUUAUAUCAAGAUAUCUGUGCCUAUAUUACUUGACAAUGUGCUUUAUCGUAUGUUCAAGAUUUUUGACACAGAUCUUGACUUAGCACCAGUAAACUUUUGUCAAGGUACUUUUGACUUUUGUACCUUGGCAACUUAGAGAUUUUAAUAAUAAAGUUGGUAUGUCAAUUUUUUUUUCUUCAGUGCAUAGAUAGUAUUUUUGGAGAUACACUAAAGAUGUCACUUUAUUAAGCAAUACAUUUCAAAUUAUUUAAUAUCUAACACUUACCCAUCUCUGGUAGUGAUGAGAAGUUCAGAUCAUUUUACCGACUCGGACCUUUGAGUCUCAUUCAGUAAAAUGAACAAAUCUUUUUUUUUUUUGCGUCAUUUAAAUUAAUUUUAUCAAAUAUAAUUAAAAUGUUACGUGUUACUUCCCUGAUGUCUACUAGUACUUAUGCAACCGUUGAUCUACAAACAAUACAAAACUAUAAUGCAAUACAGAAAAGAUUAAUUCAUUGAUUAGCUCACCUCACCUUAUCUGACCUCUUAUCUUAUCUAAGCCAAUGCAGUCUGAGCCGGAAAGAGGACUGAUUAGUUCAUCUCAUGGGUCUUUCAGGUUUGAGUCAUUCCUUUAUCAUGUGAUAGACCCAUCAGCGUUAUACUAAUGCAUUGUCUAAUACAAAGAGAAUUGUCAUUAUUAUUAUCACCAUCAUUAUUAUAAGUAUUAUUUUCUCUUACAGUUACUGCAUUUCCUGUCUCAAACUGUAGCUUUUUACUUCUAACAGUUUAUAAAUGCAUGAUUUUCUGUCAUGAUUAUUAUUUUUUAUACCCUUAAUGUUGAAACAAAGGUAAUAAAGAGUUGGUUAUUAUGAUUAAGUCUCUUUCCGGCUCAGACUGCACAGGUUAAAGCUUAUGGGUCUGUCACAUGAUGGAUAAAUGACUCGAAAAACCUGAUGACUCGAUAGAUGAACUAAUCAAUUAUUUUUGGACCCAGUUUUAAUAAAAGCUCAAAGAAGAUUCAAUGCAUGGUUGCAGAGAGACUUGACCUUGAGAGUCAGAAUACUGCUUGCUAAUGCUUCCAUACACGCACUCUCUCUGUAUGUGGACAACAAAAUCUCUAAUUCAGUUUCAUGUUUAAUUUUGUUUGGAAAAACAAUAUCCAUUAUGUUAAGAAGUCUGUAUUAAUGAACACAUGAUUAUGGUGGGUUGAAUUUCCUUGAUUUAUUUUGCUAGAAUCCCUUACAAUUUAUCUAAAUUUCAUAAACAGGCAUUACUUGCAUGGUCAUUAAUUUUUAAGCACAAUUUCUCCCCUCACCAGUACUUCAUUUGGAACAAUCAAGACAUUUUAUAACAGAAAAUAAUAACUGGUUUUAGAAUUAUUUUGGUUGUUUCCCAGUUAUUUAACUCGGAAGGUCUUAUUUAAAGUUACAAAGAAUUCUUAAGUAAAUGUAAUUUUCCAGUAACUCGCUAAGAAUUCUCCAUUGUCAUGGGCGCUAUUCCUAAAGGAGCCAUUAUGCUUUUAUGCUUUUAACUUACCAUGUAUAUAUUGGACUCUGUUAGAUCAUCGAGCACUAUUUCUAGACUCAUUUGAAAUCCCAGUAGGAAAAUGAAGCUUUUUUGUCACAUCCUUCAUCAUGUAACUAUAAGAUUAGAUCUCUUUUUCAAAAAGAGCUUGAAACAACUUUAUAUCUGGUGUCUUAUUUGAGGUAUGUGACUGAUCAUAUUGAUUGGAAAAAAAGUAUGGACUCUGUCUUUGGAAUACAUAAUAACAAGGUUAGAGAAAUCUCAUUCAAACUGUUAGUUUACAACUGCUAAAGUGUAAAGGUUUAAGUCAGACAUAGAUACAAACUGUUCUAUUUGUGGAUCUUUUGGGAUUGUCCUCACACAACUAUUUUGGAUUGAAUUCUCUAAUUUUAUCCAUCGCAGUGUGCUCCAGGGUUUCUCUUUGCUUUUUAAGAAUGUGCUGUUUGGCUUCUUUAAUAUUCAAAAAGACAAAAUUAACGAAUGUUUUAUUUUUAACCUAUUAUGACUUCUUGGAAAAUGUCAUAUUCACCGCAGUAAA